AUGACAGCUGGUCAGUACAUCGUCUUCGAAAACGGAAAGUUCUUCCGCUCAAACAAGGCGCCACCCGGUCAACGAUCAGAAGCCAAAUUCGGGAGUUCUCUUGUUGUUAAAGAUGGUAUAAUCGCGUAUGUUGGAGAGGCUUCUGCGGAGGAAGUGAAGGCGGCCGUCGCUGCGGGAGCUCAAGUUCGCGAUGUUGGCGGACGUACCGUUCUUCCCGGGCUUGUUGAUGGACAUAUUCACUUGACACAGCUCGGGCAGACCCUGCAGAAGCUGAGACUUGACGAAUGUAAAAGUCUCGAGGACAUACGGAGAACGAUAAAGGAGUACGGCAUCGCCAACCCCGAUCAUAAACGUAUCUUCUGCAGCGGAUGGAUGCAUUUCAUGACCCCCGAGGGAGCUCUGGCUUCGUUGAUCGACGACCUAGACCCGCGCCCCAUUUUGAUUACAGCAAAAGACUUGCAUUCUACGUGGGCAAACACGGCGGCCUUGAAGGAGUUGGACCUAGACAACGAGCCUAACCCUCCUGGCGGUGAAAUUGUGCGCGACCCAAAGACUGGAAAGCCAACUGGUCUGCUUUCCGAAGCAGCCAGCAUGAAAUUCAUCCCGCUGUACAUGGCAAGGGUUUCCACGCCAGAAGACCGCAUAUCCGCCAUCAAGACAGCGAUCGACGACUACAGCAGUGCAGGCUUCACGGGCCUGAUCGACAUGGCAAUGGAAGAGGAGGGAUGGAGCGCGCUGCAGGAGUACAGACAGCAGGAAAAAGCAGCAGGCCGUAGAGUCCCUGUGCGCCUUGCCGCUUACUGGAUGAUUUUGCCCAGAGACAAUGAUGCCGAGAAUAUCAAGCAGGUCGAGCGUGCUGCCGAGCUCGCGCGAGAGUUCAACCUCGAGACAGACCCGGAUUGCCGGCUUGUCGGUAUCAAACUUGUCUGCGACGGAAUCAUCGACGGAUGCACGGCGAGCUUGAAAGAGCCGUACAGCCACAAUAACGACAACUGCGAGCCUGUCUGGUCGCCAGAGCAUAUGGCUCCCGUCGUUGAGGCGGCCACGAAACAUGGCCUCCAAGUUGCUCUCCACGCCAUCGGUGACCGGACCGUAGCCAACGCCAUUGAUGUCCUUGAGAAGUACGUCGGGCCGGAGCACCGCCCACGUAUUGAGCACCUCGAAGUUACCACGGAAGAAGACGCAAAACGCCUGGGCAAACUCGGCAUCACGGCUUCCGUCCAGCCCGUGCACUCUGACCCGGCCAUUCUCCGCGCCUGGCCGAAACUCAUAGGCGAGGACCGGUGCGGACGUGCUUUCGCCUACAGCGAGUUCGCGGACGGAGGUGCCCCAGUGGCUAUUGGGUCUGAUGCACCGACGGCGCCGCAUCAUAUCAUGAGCAACCUCUACAUUGCAACUACACGGAGAUCAGCGAGGGAGCCUGGGCUUGAGACUGUUGUGAACCCGCAGUUUGCCUUGUCACUGUGUGACAUUGUAGCCGGUGCGACGGAAGGUGCAGCGAGGAGCUGCUUCAUGGAGGAUCGCGUAGGAUCUCUGGAGGCUGGGAAGAAGGCCGAUUUGGCUGUGUUGGAUAUCGAGUGGGAGCCUAAGAAGGCGCUCCAGGCGAAGGUUCUGGAAACUUGGUUUGAUGGGAAGCAGGUCUAUCCUGUCAAGAAAUAA